ACUUUUAGGAUGUUUUGUUUCAAAAAUAAUACAAGUUGUGUGCUUUUGGACAGCUCCGUGGUAACAUAUGGCAUAAAGGGGAGCACAGCUGGAGGUAGCGUUUCCAUUGCGGUGAUGUCAGAGCAGCUGACUCCACAGCUUGCAGUGUAAUUAGCAAACAGAGCAGCAGUUUACUCUUUCUUUUUUUUUCUUCCUUCUUUCACCUUACACCCCUUGCCUGCUGGACGGCUGCUAUUAUUUCCAGCACCGCUUGCUUGUUCUGUAAACACCGCUUUGUGCGUAUGUGUGUCUUUAGAAACGCGUCGCUAUCCACAUUUUCUAACAUUUUCGGAAGCUCAUGAAGUGGACUUGAAACUGGAACACUGUGGAUCAUAUGAUGGGUUAUGAAGGAAGAAUGGAGUUCCCAGACCAUAGCCGCCAGUUGCUGCAGUGUCUGAGUCAGCAGCGUCACCAAGGUUUCCUGUGUGACUGCACUGUUUUGGUCGGGGAGGUUCGCUUCAAGGCGCACAGAGCCGUGCUGGCCUCCUGCAGUAUGUACUUCCAUCUCUUCUACAGGGACCAGCUGGACAAAAGGGACGUUGUGCAUCUCAACAGUGACAUUGUGACAGUGCCGGCUUUUAGUCUGCUCCUUGAAUUUAUGUAUGAGGGCAAGUUGGAAUUCAGCACUCUUCCAGUGGAGGAUGUGCUGGCCGCGGCCAGUUACCUCCACAUGUACGACAUCGUCAAAGUGUGCAAAGGCAAGCUGAAAGAUAAAGACGAGGAGAAGAUGGGCGAGGCUUUUGGACUAAGCUGUCUGGACCGGGACAAUUCUGCAGAGGCCGAGCUGCAUGCUGACAAGCAGCUCGGAAGGCGACAGUCUCAGGGGCUCCCUGGGUCCCCCUCCCCGACGCACCAGUUUGACACGGACAACAGUGAAGCGGGCCUCGCUGUCACCGACUGUGAAAGGUCGGCACAAAACAGGCAGAAGGCAAACGGUCACUCUGGCAGGUCCCCGGACCUUGUAGGUGUCAAUUAUGUGUCAGCGGAGGCCGAGCCCUGCGUCCAAACAGCUGGAAAAACAAAAGCUGAUGUCAGUAGUUCCACCGUAUCGCUGUCCCAGAGGUCCCGGGCUUCGGAUGACAUGGACUGCGCUCUGGAUUUGUCUUUCAAGCCUCUGUCUAGCAGAGAUCCCUUACAGCCCUCCUACAUCUCGGGACAGCUGGCCCUCGACAGCCAGCAGCAGGGCACUGAGCCACUUGUUAAAGAUGAACACGACUUGCUGUCAGAGCAGGAGGACAGUGAGCCGAUGAGCCCUGAGAGCCAGCGCUUUGGGAAUAGUGCCAGGAGCUCAGUGGUGACAGGGUUCGCUGCCCUCUUCCCAGGCAACAACGGCUCCACCGCCGCCCUCCUCUCCCAGGAGGAGGACCUGAUGGACGAAGAGGGGGAUGCCUGCGAGAGAAGGGAGGGCGCCCCCGGCAGGGAGGCAGCCGACGAGAGGAGGGGUCGGCUGCUGGGGGACAGCGAGGAGGAAGAGGAGGACGACUUGGCCUCCUCUGACAUCUCCACCUCCAGUGGCGUGCUCUUGCCGCCGGGCCAACAGGUGUGCGUUUGCCCGCUCUGCAGCAAAGUCUUCCCCAGUCCGCACGUCCUGCAGCUGCACCUCAGCUCGCACUUCCGGGAGAAGGACGGCGCCCGCUCCAAGUUGUCCCCCGACGGCUCUGUGCCCACCUGCAUGCAGUGCAACAAGACCUUCUCCUGCAUGUACACGCUCAAACGACACGAGCGCACGCACUCCGGCGAGAAGCCGUACACCUGCGGCCAGUGCGGAAAGAGCUUCCAGUACUCGCACAACUUGAGUCGGCACGCCGUGGUCCACACGCGGGAGAAACCUCAUGCGUGCAAGUGGUGCGAGCGCCGCUUCACACAAUCCGGGGACCUUUACCGCCACAUCAGGAAGUUUCACUGCGGCCUUGUCAAAACUCUCUCCAUCAGUUAAAAUGCUGUAUUAUUUACACUCUGGCUGUCUGGAUACUACCCCCCGUGGCAUUUCUCUUGAUGAAGAUGUAGCAAUUAAAAAAACAACAAUAACUACGCUGGUUGGAUGCAGACUGGCGAACUGCAUCAGUGCAGUGUGGAAGUUGAACAAAGUAGAUGAUGCACUUGUUUGUCUUUGUGUGUUGACUUUACUACUGUAGAAGCAUCCUAAUAGAAGAUGCAAACAUUUGUUAACACAAUCCACUUUAUUUGGUGCACAGCCGAACCGUCCUUUUUCUUUUUUUUUAACUCCUACUUUAUUAUUAUAAUUAAUAUUGUUUAUUGGGGUAUUUGUAACAUGUCAAAAUCACAAGGCAGCAAAACUAAUGAAGUUGUACUACUGGAGUAUGUUUGUUUUCUUUGUUUGGCUAAAAUAAUACCAUUAUCGUAAUUGGGUAGAAUUACUGUCAUUUUUUAUUAUUAUGAAUGUGAAAUAACUGAAGGAAAUGCCUGAUUGCUACUUGAGAAAAAGUUGUCCUGUAACCUUGGUGCCUCUUAUUGUACUUAUUGAUGAGCGCCAUCUAUCACCAUGCCUUUUGUAGAAUCCACUCACACAUACAGUACCAGAGGAGGUAAUAGGCAGCACCGGAAGGCUAAUUGAUCCACGAGUGCCCUCACAAGAAUGUGACCCAACUAUGUAAAUGAAGCUCUUAUCAAUGACGUUGGUAUUGAUUAGCAGAGUGUUACUUCCUGGUCCAGGUGGAUGCAUUGGAGAUAAUAAUAAUAAUGUAAUGACCAUGAUAGCAUUCUGCAAAAGCUACUGACUUUUUUUCUUUGCCUUCUUAUUGUAUGUGUUAUGUGUUACUACUGAUGAACUUGUUGGCGCCUUUAGUGGUUUAAAAAAAAAGGUCUUUGGGCAUGAAGGAGGAUUAUUUUUGUCAAAUCUGUCCUGAGACGACUUGAUCUGAAUUUUAUUUAUUACCUUGGUUCAGGGUUUUUUUUUCCAUAAGCUCAAACUUUGGUACUCCUUAACUGGCACUGGGGCUGUUUUUUGUUUUUGUUUCUUCGUGUGAAUCAAGUUACUGUAAUCGUGUUUUAAUCGAGAAAAUAUCAGUCACACAGAACCUAGAGAAGCACUUGUUUUUUAGCAUGCAUAUAGUUUCAACACUAUUGCCUAGGCUGCUAUUACAAUUUGUAUAUUUAAUGUAAAUAUAUAUUUUAUUUGUCUGGUGUGGCGGAGGGCGCCAGGUGCCUUACUAAAGGCUGCGGUGUUUUCUGAAAGUUUGUCUUCUCAAAGCUGGAGGGGACUGCUAAUUAGAAUCUGAGGGGUUUAAUUUCGACACAGGAAAUAGUUAAUUUUUUUCUUUUUUUUUUUACCCACAAGCCAUAGUGAUUCGGCAUAUAGAAAUGGGACAAUAUGAGCUUUGUCUCACACACAAGUCUCAGGUAGUUCUCAAGGGAUCAUUGUGUAUCUCUCGCCGAGCUACUGGGGAUGUGGGGGGGCAAUGCACGUUUCUGUUGGCGCUUUGCUGUAUUGAAUGGAGCCAUUGGAAUGUGAGAAAUGUAUUUAGGCAAAGGGAAGCCAAGGAGACUGUAAACAGGUGUAUUGUUUGGCGGCAUCAAAGUCCUACACCCCCCCUACCCACCCCACCCACCCCACGCCCCUUCAAACUCCCACAGCAAGCAGUAGAUAAAUGCUUCAUUGUUCUACACAGAGGAGAGGCCGUUGGGGUUUGAUUGUACACCUGUAAAGAGAUUAGAAGAAUGAUCAUCUUGCCAAUAAAACUGGCAAAUAAACAUCUGGAGAAAUUAUGCUUCAUCACCCCCUCUUCUUUGACAAUGGUUUGUCAGAGUGGAAUCACUUUUUUCGUGUGGCGUUCCUAUUUCAUAACGUACACAGGCAGGAAUAUGCUGUAGGUUCUCUUGAUUUUUGAAUGUGUACAAAAACAGAGAAGCUAACACUUUUUUUUUAGUAAAAGAUGAGCGGUUAUUUCAAGGAUGUUCACCGAGCGUGCCUUCGUCCACACACACACACACACACACACACACACACACACACACACACACACACACACACACACACACACAGACACAGACAGGUGUUGCAUCUAAAGGAGUCCCUCGCUCCAUGACAGCAUGCUUCUUUUCCUAACAUAUCACAAGUUUUUUUGCUGCUUUGUGUGAGGUUACUGUUUUGUUAAGUUUUUGUUUUUUAAAAGGGGGGGUGGGAGGGAUUCUUUAACCAUUUCAUUGUGUGAAUAAAUGGAUUAAUAGAGGACAAGCGUUUGUGUGUGUGUUGGGUUCCAUGAGCUCCUGGGGUCAUGUCACUGUUGAAUGUGAACUGCUGAGAUUCCCAUUGUCUUUUUUUGAAACAAAACUCUUGGUCAAAGGCAGUGUUUGCCUAAGUCAUGCUGUAUGAUCUUUUCAGUCGGAAAAUGACUUCAUUAACACUGGAAUGUUGUCUCCUGCAGGUCCCAACUGUGAAAUUGUGUAUAAUCACAAGAACUAUUUAUUGUUAUUACGUCUGCUUCUCUAGCAGCAUCUGAUUUUUUUGAUUAGGUUAUGACGUUUAAAUGUCAUAUGAAAAUCAAACUGUAGAAGUGCCAUUAGAAUUUAAUAUAAUGUCUUUUUUAAUAAGAGGUAUAUUUUAUAGUAAUUGCUUCAGUGUUAGUGGCGUAGAGAUUAGUUGACAAUCUUUGCUUAGAUAUGGAAGCAAUUCACUUGUUUUGAUUUAUUGUACUGUGCAUUUUAAUUGUUUGACUUGUGUGAGUGUGUGCGGAGGCGUGUGUGCUGUGGAAAUGUGACAAUCUGGAUUUAGGUCUUUAUUUAGAUUAUGCAUAGAAUUAAAUGGAACAACUCUG